AAGAAGAAACACCACAUAUACACCCAAAAGGCCAGCCGAAAGCUAAGUUAGCAGCAAACAUAAACACCCGUACAUCUCUUAGGGGGGGGGGGGUAUUGGGCUUGGUUUAGGAGCUCAGCUUUUGUUUUCUUUGCUGCGAUUUAUCGGACAACACCUACACAAUGCGGUAGAUGAGCUAAAUGUGUUAUUACCAGCCAUGUUUGUUUGCAUCUCGGAGUACACCAAGGCCCUGAAGUUGCCCUGCUAACGGAUGCCCAUGAUUCAGCUGGAGAAACCGGUGCUGGCUGGGACCAUGCCGGUGGUAUGGCCCACCAUCCUCGACCUGGGCAGGGAUGAGUGCAAAAGAAUUCUCCGUAAACUGGAGCUGGAGGCUUAUGCCGGGGUUAUCAGUGCCCUGCGAGCCCAAGGAGACCUGACAAAGGACAAGAAGGAUCUGCUGGGAGAACUCACUAAAAUCCUUGGUAUCUCAACAGAGCGCCACCGUGCAGAAGUACGCAGGGCGGUCAACGAUGAACGCCUCACCACCAUCGCAUAUCACAUGUCAGGUCCUAACAGCUCGUCUGAAUGGUCCAUUGAAGGACGCCGGCUUGUUCCUUUGAUGCCGAGGCUGGUCCCUCAAACAGCCUUUACUGUGACUGCUAAUGCUGUGGCCAGUGCCACAGCCAAUCAGAAUGCCUCCCUUCUGUUGCCAGCUGAAACCGGAAACAAAGAAGUGGUUGUAUGUUACUCCUACACGAGCACCACCUGCACCUCCACCAGCGCCACAGCCACCAGCGGCACCAUAGGGGCAACUGUGAAAUCACCACGACCACCCAGUCCUUCCUCCAACGUGGUGGUGCUGCCCAGCGGGAGCACCGUCUACGUAAAAAAUCUCCCAACUCUUUUGCCGGCAAAAGUCGUUUCGUGGCGGACUUUUGCCUCUCUCGAUCCGACUGUUCGUGUAGGCGGGCAUGCAAAAAUUUCGGAAGUACCAUCGGUAGUUCGACCAACAACCCUAGAGCCACGGACAGAUCGAGAGAGGCUAAACAGCAGCAUCUCUGGGUUCAGGCAACAUGGAGGUGUGAGCUGUUCCGAUGAGGACGAGAAGCCUCGCAAGCGGAGGCGGACCAACUCGUCCAGCUCGUCGCCGGUGAUGCUAAAAGAGGUCACCAAGGUGUCCCCGCAGGUAUCCAAGAACAUCACGGUGCCGGUGAGCGGCAGCCCCAAGAUGAGCAACAUCAUGCAGAGCAUCGCCAACUCGCUGCCGCCCCACCUGUCCCCCGUCAAGAUUACCUUCACCAAGCCCACGAUCCAGACCACCAACACCACCACACAGAAGGUGAUCAUCGUGACAACUUCUCCCAGCUCCAACUUUGUGCCCAACAUCCUGUCCAAGUCCCACACUCACAACAAUGCCGCGCUGUCGAAGCUGGGCUCCGCCUCCAUGCUGAACGCGCAAACCCAGAAACAGACGGUGGUCUUCCCGGCCAGCUCCAGCCCCUCCUCCAACGCCAACACCGUCGCAGUGACCACGGUGGUCUCCUCGACUCCUUCAGUGGUCAUGUCAACUGUCUCAACAUGCGCCGCUUCAGCUGGCGUGAAGGUGGCUUCGGCCAGACUUCCUUCACCUAAGACCCUGGUGGGGUCUCCUGCUCAGAUCUUGGCCCAGUUCCCCAAACAGCAGUCACCCAAACAGCUGCAGCAGGGCUCAUCUUUAGGAUCUUCUAGUGUCAGCCAGACCCAGACCACCACCAGCUCACCUGGCUCAAAACCCACCAUCCAGAUCAAACAAGAGUCCGGGGUUAAAAUAAUCACUCAGCAGGUUCAGCCAAGCAAAAUCCUGCCCAAGCCUUCAUCAGUGGCUUUGUCCAGCAGCAGCUCGUCCCCCAUCAUGGUUGUCAGUAGCAACGGCGCCAUAAUGACCACCAAACUGGUCACUCAGCCCACAGCUACCCAGACCACCUACACGAGACCCACUGUUAGCCCCAGCAUCGGCGCCAGAAUAUCCGCCUCCAGUGGUGGGACCACUUACGUCAAGACCACCAGCGGCAGCAUCAUCACAGUGGUGCCAAAGUCUCUGGCCACUCUGGGUGGGAAGAUCAUCAGCAGCAACAUCGUCUCUGGCACGACGACUAAGAUCACCACCAUCCCCAUGACCUCCAAGCCGAAUGUCAUCGUGGUUCAGAAAACCACUGGAAAGGGAGCGACCAUCCAAGGACUGCCUGGCAAGAAUGUCGUCACCACACUUUUAAACGCUGGGACUCUGUGUCUACCUCAGGGUGAGAAGGGCCUGCAGGCUGUUCAGGGGACCAAACCAGCGAUCAUCACGGCCUCCAGACCCAUCACCAAGAUGAUCGUCACCCAACCCAAAGGCAUGAGCUCUGGAUCCCAGUCCACCGCCACCAAGAUCAUCCCAACCAAGAUCGUCUACGGCCAGCAGGGCAAGACACAGGUUCUCAUCAAGCCAAAGCCAGUUUUCCAGACGGCGGUGGUGAGCGAACAGACCAGGCAGCUGGUCACCGAGACGCUGCAGCAGGUGACCCGCUCAGCAGAGAUCGUGCAGGGUCAGACCUCGGGCCAGGACGGGUCCACAAAGGACGAGUCGGGCAGCUCAACUGGCGAGGCUUCCCAUGGAAGUGCUCAAGAACCUCAGCCUGUAGUGCAUGUGGUGUCCUCCAGAGAGCAGGAUUGGACAGAGCAGGAAGUGUCUGUGGAGUCCAGCCCGACUAUUAUCUACCAGGAGGUGUCUGGCGGGGAAUCCCAGUCCGCCACUUCCACCAUCAAAGCCCUGCUCGAGCUGCAGCAAACAACAGUGAAGGAGAAGGGAGAGUCCAAACCCAGACAGCACACCAUCGACCUGAGCCAGAUGGCCGUGCCCAUCCAGCUAGCCCAGGAGAAGAAGCCCAGCCCGGAGUCCCCCAGACCCUCCACCUCAGAGGCUGAGCCCAGCACUGAGUACGUCACAGCAGGUAAAGUCAGCAGAGUGGGGGUGUCCUCAGAGGAUGAUGACGUGGUCAUGUCCUCCAGCCAGCAGCUGGGGAAGCCGUACAAAAGCAGCAUCAGCCAGGUCACCGUGGUAACCAAACCGGUUGCUGUCUCCUCCGCAGCUGCAGCGUCGCACGUCAGCCACGUGCCCUCUGACAGCCAUGGUAAAACUGAGACUGUGUUAGAGGUGGGCGAGAUGGAAGGCGACACUUUGGACCCCCAGACGGGCUUGUUUUACCGCUCCAGCCAACCGGCUUCAGACCCCGUUAAGCAAACCACCCACUCCGUUAGCACGCAGCCGCCUCCCUUGAGCCAGGCAGAGGCCGAGCAGAGCCGGAACAGCUCCGCCUCCACCCAGCCGCCACCGCUGCCACCGCCGCCACCACCGCAACUGCAGAGCAAACCACAAAUCAGCCAACCUUCCUCUUCCUCUUCUGCCUUCCCCUCCACUCCUCCUCUGACAAAGAAACUCCCGAAACUACGAGAGCAGAUUCAGCCCAAACCCCAGGCCUUAACCCAGAGCCCCAAAGACAGACCCCUGACUGCACCAGCACAAACCGGGGCAAAGGUCACAAGCCCGGGCCCACCAACCAAACCCCUGGUGACGCCGCAGCUCCCGAAGCUCCAACAAGCGCCCACGUCCCACCACAGGCCCCUGCACACACCUAUGUCUCACCCUCCGCCGCUGCAGGCGCACCACCCCGUCAGCACCGAGAAGACUCCCUCCAGCCAGCAGCCAAUCAUCACACAGAGCGCCACCGUCACCAAGAUCACCUUCGGCAGUUCCCACCAUACAACGCCGGUCUUCAGCAGCGGCGAGGCCACCGCCAAACUGAUCCCAGAGUCCAGCUCCGGGCCCUCGGGAGACAAGCCCUCGGUGUCAGACAUCCUGAAGAUCUCCAUGAUGGAGGCGGAGAUCGACCCGAGCACGGAGCCCAUGGUGGUGGACUCGUCCAGCGACUGCGGCCCUCUGGGGAAAGCCUUGGAGGUCCAGGCCGUGUCAGGCACACUGGACUCUGGCCAGUUCAUCAGCAGCUCUGGGACCUCCAUGCAUCAUUCCCACACAAAGACCCAGCAGUUCAGCUGCAUGCAGGGACUCACAGCACAGAGGAGCAAAGAAGAUCUGGAGGUCAUUGAGGUGAUUCCUCAGUACUCCAUCCUGCCGGACUCCAGCCAGUCCAACGUGGUGGUUGAGCCCAGCGGCUUCCUGGAAAUCACCAACUACACCAGCCAGCAGCUGGAGGAGGACAGCCCCAUGGAGCAGGAGGUGGACAGCAGCAACGACGAGGCCACGGCAGCAAGCCCCCCCGACCAACCGUAGCUGGAGACACUGAUGGGAUUUGGCUUUGAACAAGCAGACUAAUGAUUUGUUUUUGGCCUCAGACCCCGUGGACAAAAGACUUCUCUGGCUGCUUUUUAUUGUGCAAGAGCAAAAAAAUGCUUUUCUCUUAUUUUCUGUAAAUAUUAGUUUGUUCAUAAUAAGUAUUUUUUCCUCCCCACAACUAAUGGCACAUAUGGUUUGUAUUGCCAGUGAGGAGCGCUGUGUGUGAAAAUGUGGGAGCGAGGUGAAAGGAUUAGUUGUAGUGCCGCUGCAGACAGUUGGAAAGCUGUCUCUCCAAACAUACAGGACUUAAUUGUUCCAGUAUGUUAACAAUGUUCCUGCAGGAUGUUGCAAAGAAGCUUCAUGAAAUUGAUUAUUUUGAAUUUGCUGGCUUUGUGCCACUGUAUGUCAUUUCAGAAACACUGGUUGUCCAGAGGUUUGUCACUCAGAUAUUUGUAUAAAAUUACCCACCUUGAUGAUGGACGUCUUCUUUUAAAGACCUGAAGGUUGGACCACCAGAUGAGGAGUAUUUUCCUUUGACUGAAACUCAACUUUAUAAACCUCCAACACCAAUCCCAUAAGGAUUUAAGAGCAGAUUUUAUUUUGCUGCAAGGAACAUAAAACAGAACCAGAAAGGAGUCCUGGAGGAAGGAUAAGGUCCAACAUACAGGAUGUGUUACUGUUAAUUGUAAUGUAAAAAAAAAAAAAUGUACCUUUUUCUUUUUGUAAGAUAUAUUCUGCAGUUGAAAAGUUUGCUGUGAGAAUUUCACAGUUUGCAUUUGCGUUUUUGCAUAGUAUGUUUUAAACUAUGCAUUUCUUUUAUACCUUUUCAAACUAGAUGACUAGUUGAGAGAGAAAAAAAAAAUUUAAUCUGCACAAUAAAUCAUCUGAGUAGAACAUGUCACGUA